UGCUGCCCGGAGUAGUAUGAGAAAUAUUUGUGCACGUUGCCAAGCUUUUGUUGUUGACAGUGUUCUGCAGUGUUCAUGAAAUUAUCCGACGUAUUUGAUUUACUCGAACCUAGUGAUACAAAGACCUCUUUAGCUAUUCGCCACAAUGAUUGACAACGCUUAUAUUUUAGACAAUGGAGGUUUUACUGCGAAAGUGGGCUUGUCCUCAGCCGAACCAAGAGUCAUUCCAAACAGUGUCAUGAAGGCCAAAAGCGAGAGGAGGCGGCCUUUCGUCGCGGACCAGGUAGAGGAGUGUCGGGACGCUUCUGGUUUGUUCUACAUUCUUCCUUUCCAAAAGGGCUAUCUUGUCAACUGGGACAUUCAAAAAACAAUAUGGGAUCAUAUAUUUGGAAAGGACUGCUGCCCGGUUAAUUUCAAUGAGACUCCUCUCAUUGUAACAGAACCAUACUUCAACUUUCCCUCAGUUCAAGAAGCAAUGACUGAAAUAUUUUUUGAGGAAUAUGAAUGUCAAUCAUUAUUAAGAAUCAAUGCUGGUGAUCUUAGCAACUAUCACUACAGCAGCGACAACCCAAAUACCUUGGCCUGUAUGGUUGUCGAUGUAGGUUACAGUUUUUCCCAUGUCACUCCUUAUAUCAAGGGAAAGAAGAGAAGAGAGGGCAUCAAGAGAAUAGAUGUUGGCGGAAAGGCUUUGACCAACCAUCUGAAGGAUAUCAUAUCAUAUAGGCAACUACAUGUUAUGGAUGAAACCUAUGUAAUAAAUCAACUGAAAGAAGACUCGUGCUUUGUGUCUCUUGACUUUAUGGCUGACAUGGAAAUAGCAAGGAAAAGAGGCCCAGAGAAUACAAUUGCUCGAGAUUAUGUCCUUCCUGACUUCACCUCUAUUCGGAGAGGAUUUCUUAGAACCCUUGAAGAAACAAGUAAAAGUACAGAGGGAGAACAGACCCUACGAAUGAAUAAUGAACGCUUUGCAGUGCCAGAAAUAUUGUUCCAUCCAUCAGAUCUUGGUGUGCAACAAAUGGGUAUUGCUGAAGCUAUUGUUUCAAGCAUAAACUCAUGUCCUGUGGAGACUCAACCCCACCUCUUUGCCAACAUUGUUGUCACUGGAGGUUGUGCUUUGUUCCCCAACUUCCAGAAACGGUUGCUGCAAGAUGUAAGAAAGUUAGCUCCUGACGAAUAUGAUGUGCGUGUGACUCUACCUGAAAAUCCACUCACCUACGCCUGGGAAGGUGGCGCACUGCUCAGCAAACACCCAGAGUUCUACAGUUUCGUAGUGACAAAAGAAGAAUAUGAAGAAGAAGGACUCCACAUUUGCUAUGAAAGAUUUGACAUUUAAUUGAUUAAUAAUAGAAGUUCUACAUGAUA